AUGGGCCCAACAUACCAACUGUGGCUCGCCGUAGCCCUAAUCAGCUCAACAACAGCCCAAUCACCUCCCUCAACCACAACCACCUACCCCACCACCAUCACAACAACCCUCACAACAACCUACACCAACCCCUCCACCCCAUCCGCCACCACCAUCGACCACAUCACCCUCCUAGACCCCUGGCCUCUUUCUCCCGACUUCGAAUCCAUCUUCCCCUACCCCCUCACCCAAACCGAAAUUCUCUCCCGCACUAUCAUCCACUCCCCCUCCUCAACCUCCAUCUCCCCGCCCACCAGCACAACCCUCACCUGGUCCCUAUGGGCAGUCCAAGCGUUUGACAUGUCCCCUUAUGUCCCCCCCAUCUGCCCCGGUCCAGAAGGGGAAGAAGGCUGUGCAUACGGGAGCAUCAAGCCUCAUUAUCGAUGCGAGGAGUUGGGACUAGAGACGAGGUGUGCGAGGCAGUGCGAGUUGAAGGAUUGGAUUUGGUGGUGUAGGCUGCCGAGGAAUGAUGGAAAGGACUCGUUGGAUGGUGGUUUGGGUGGUGCGCCGGUGGGGAGGGUUUGCGCGGAUAGGGUGGAUGGUCGGGGGGGAGAGGGGGGAGGCGGGGGGUUGGCUUGGGUGCCGUUGGUGGAACCUUGUGAUCAUACUGAUUUCAAGGUUGGGUGUAAGGUUUGUCGGGAUGAGGAGGAGGAGGAAGGUCGGGUGGAGUGGAGGGACUGA